CUGAUGCACUGGACGAUGUCGUCAUGCUUUUUUCCAUCUUCUCCACAGCGGCAGCCAUGGUGAGCACCCGAGGUUCCAAAGGGAACAGGAAGAUCGAUGAGAUGCUGGAGAAAACGGGUGGUGAGCGCCACGAUCUCGAAGACGGCGAGGCGCAGAGCAAAGGUACGGCAGGGCACGCCAAGGAUGACCGCAUCGAAAGCGACGAAGCAGCGAACAGGACUAAGGCCAAGAAGAGAAGCGAGCCCGAGACUACUAGGAAAGAAGAAUGUGCGAGUUCAAAGAGGAGUAAGAUUGAAGAAGACGACGCAAAAUUGAUGGCCAAGGUCAAGCCAGGUGACGAGGAAGGGGACGGUGGCGAAGAGGGCGUCAAGUGGAAGGUGCUCGAGCGCGGGCACAUCUUCUACUUCUACAGGCCCAAAGUUCAGCCAGCAGACGGGGCCGAAGCGGGCAAGGCAACCGAGUCGAUUGAUGGCGUGCAAAGUACACACAUGCUUCUGCUCCCAAAAGCGAGCGAAUCGCCUACGACGCCGGUGUCUGUGGAGGGGCAAGGGCAAGACAAGUUUCAGAAGCCUUCUGCUACAUCGGGAGAGCUGGCUCGGAGGCAAGGCGUAGGAUACCGUUUGAUUCGUCUGGGCAAGAAGCGCAUGCCGGCACCAGAGGCCGCCGUGGCUCGCGGUUUAGAGCCUGGAGGCGUUGGAGGCGAUUCGCAGGAGGCCAUCUGGGCGUGCGUCUCAGACAUUGGCCCGGACCCAGGUACGCUAUCAGGCGAGAUGGGCGAGAAGAGGUAUAGUACCCGAACCCGGGGAGACAGGCUGGUUGCGCCUAGUCGAGCAGUAGGAAGGGGCCACUAUCUCAUCAGCGUCUCGCUCCGAGAUCCGCCAUCAUCAAAGCAGGUUCGCCUUUCCUAUGCCCUUUCGCACCCCAGCGAGGCUCAAAUGGGCAGCGUUCAAGAGGAGCUCGGUUUGGAGCAAGAGUCAAGCGUGAUACUGCAGAUGAGGAAUCCAACGACCACAGACGGCUCCAUUGGUCUAGAAUCCGCCGAUAGAGUCAAAAUGAACCAAGGGGAGCUCGAUCAGACCUUUGGCGGAAGUGCAGGCAGUCAAGGUGCGACCAACUAUGCAAGGCCCGAAGACCUGUCGCUUCUGGAUCGCGAGGGCGUCGAACUUCUCAUGAUUCGAGAGCGAAUCCAGGCGCAGCACAGCCUCAAGACAGGCGCAGGCGACAGUCAAGGCAAAGCCCUCCAAACAGCAGCUAAAGCAGAUGGCAAAAGGCUCUCCGUGGUCGAUGUACUGGAAGAACUCCAACUGAGUGCAGAGGAGAAUCCACCACAGGCUCUCGAGGGGCAGUGGAUUUGA